CAGAGUUGAAGAAAGCUAGUAAGCGUAUGACAUGUCACAAACGUUAUAAGAUCCAGAAAAAGGUCAGAGAACACAAACGGAAAGUAAGGAAAGAAUCCAAGAAAGCUGGCCGCAAAAAGCUGAAGAGAGACAUCAGCAUUCCCAAUGAUGCCCCCUUCAAGGAAGACAUUUUGCGUGAAGCAGAGCUCAGAAAGCAGAUGAGAGAGGAUUUGAAGAAGGCCCGGAAACUUGAAAGACAGAAGGAAGUGGCAAAGAAAAGGAAAUUGGAAGACAAAAAAGAAAAAAAUGAAGCAAAACCAAAGGACAUUCAAAAGGCUGCAAAACCAAAAAAGCCAGUGGCUAGAAAUUCUGUUAAAUCUUUUUGCAUAGAGGUGAAGAAGGUGAUUGAGGCAUCUGAUGUUGUCCUGGAAGUGUUGGAUGCUAGAGAUCCUCUGGGUAGCCGGUGUCUGCAAGCAGAGCAAUUGGUUCUUCAGUCUCCAAACAAGAAAUUGCUGCUUGUCCUCAAUAAAAUUGAUCUCGUUCCCAAAGACAAUAUUGAGAAGUGGCUAAAUUUUCUGACCAAGGAAAUUCCAACAGUCGCCUUCAAAUGUUCUACACAAGUGCGAGAAAAAAACUUGCCAAGUAAUGGUCCAAAGGCAGCGUCCGGCAUUGAUGUUUCCAAAGGGACUGUAUGCCAUGGAGGAGAUUCGUUACUGCAAAUCCUACAUCGCUUCCGUCGAUCACCUAAUGAAGGCAUUAAAGUUGGUUUAAUAGGAUUUUCAAAUGUUGGAAAGAGCAGCAUAAUUAACAGCCUGAAGCAGUUCAGAGUGUGUAAUGUUGGUGCGUUGAAAGGCACUACAAGGAUCAUUCAAGAUGUAAAUGUUGACCAAGUACUUAAAGUGACUGACAGUCCCAGUUUUGUGGUGUCUUCUGAUAAUCCACCUGCCACUCUAGCAAUGAGAAAUGUGUUUCCAAAGGAAGAUGAUGACCUUUUGGAGAAUGUUAGGGUGAUUAUAAAACAUUGUGACAAACAGCAGACCAUGUUGCAAUAUAAUGUUUCAGACUUCAGGAAUUCCCUGGAGUUUUUAGACCUACUUGCCCGCAGGAGAGGCCUACUGAUGAAGGGUGGAGUAACUAAUGUGCAAGGAGCAGCCAGAUUGUUCCUGGAUGACUGGAUGGGAGCCAGGCUUAGUUAUCAUACUCAGCCACCUUCUUCGUCUAGCUGCCACAUCAGCAAUGAGCAGAUGGCUACAAUGAGAAAAGGGGUUAGCCUAAAAGCUCUGGAUGAACACAAUAAGAGCAUUAUUAAAGCCUUGAGGUGCCCAAGUCCUGCCAGCAGUAUUGCGUUUCACUUCUCCCAUAUGACCAACGGUAUACUAGAUGAUACUGAAAUAGAGGAACAAAACCCAGAGCCUGAAGAACAGGAAAGUGAUGAUGAGGAGGAAGAGGAAGACGACAAAGAUGCUGAUGAGGAGGAGGAGGAACAGAUGGAGGACGAGAGUGGUGAAGAGAAAAAACCAGAAAGGGUUUCUUUGACAUCUUCAACUAAACAAACAGAUUCUGUAAAGGAAAGUGCUGUUAAGUCGGUCCGUUUUGAUAAACUGGAAGAAGAUCCUGAUGAUACGUAUGACUUCAAUACUGAUUUCAACUGA